GAGCACGCGCUCACACGGGGACGCGCCCCAACUGGUUAGCUUGGCUGGAGAGGAGGAGUAGGGGAAGCUGCUUUCAGAGGAGAUUGACAGUCAGUCACAGCGACCAGCGACUGAGGAGGAACUGAGUGCUCCACAGCAAACAUCCCGCCGAGACAGCCCGCCCUUGUGCAUCCUCCCUGCACACUCACCUGCCCGGACUGCUGCUGUCGCUGUGUGAGAACUUCUCUCCCGAGUGGAAGUUGGCUGCGCACUUUCAGGGAUCCCUCACAUUGGCUCCUUUCGGGUUGUUCUUCUAGUCAUUUCCCCUUUCUUUGUGAAUCAGGAGCAGCCCUGCUGGGAAGGGCAGACUACGUGCCUGUUUGGGGAGUCUUUCGCGCACAAUACAGCGGGGUUUACUGAGUGGUACUUCAUUACCGGGAGUUGCCAUUUGAUAUUCGGCCCAUUCUAGGUGUAGGUUGCCCAGGCGAGGUCGGGCAGCUCCUCUGUCGUUGGGACCGGAUCCUGGGCUAUGGAAGCAAGUGCAAGGACCUUGCUGGUCGUGUGUGUGCUGUGUGCAGCCACCCUAAGGACAGGCUUUGGACUACAUACAGUCAAUGCAGUUUAUGGAGAAACGAUUAUGAUACCAUGUGGUCAUGAAAUAGUGGAUGAUCUUCUGUUUGCAAGCUGGAAAUAUGAAACACCUGAUGGAACUGCAGUAUUUCUAGCUUCCCGGUCUGCAGUGAAAAACAAAAUCACCUAUGGUGACGCUGUAGAAUACAAAACUCGACUGGAACUGUCAGAAAACUAUACAUUAUCCAUCUCAAAUGCCGUAAUAGAUGAUGAGAAGAGAUUUGUGUGCAUGCUUGUAACAGCAGACAAUGUUUUUGAAGAACCAACAGUAGUCAGAGUGUUCAAGCCUCCAUCGAAACCAGAAAUUCUAGAGCAGCCAAAAAUCAUGGAAACAGGAAAAAUAAAUAGGGUUGGAGUCUGUGUUGCCAAAGAUAGCUACCCAGAUGGAAACAUUACGUGGUACAGAAAUGGCAUGAUUCUUUUGCCAGUUGAUGGAGCUGUGAUUAUAGAGUGGAAUAGAGAAAAAAAUUCUUCUAGUGGCCUUUAUAGCAUGCAGUCAUCACUUCAAUAUAUGGCAACAAAGGAGGACAUAAGAGCUUUUUUCAGAUGUACAGUAACCUACUUUAUGCCAAAUGGACAAGUAUCGGCUGAAUCUGACACUGCUAGCUUUGAUAUAUACUACCCAACAGAGAAGGUAACAAUACAGAUACAGCCAUCAAAAAAAUAUAUAAAGGAAGGUGAUAACAUCACUAUCCAAUGUAAAGGAAAUGGAAAUCCGCCUCCGCAAGAAUUUUUGUAUUACCUUCCAGGUCAGGAAGAAGGUAUCGUCAGCUCAAGUGCCUACCACAUAACCGACAUAAAACGAAAUGCAACUGGGGAUUAUAAAUGUUCUCUUUCGGAUAAAAAUAUGAUGGCAUCUGCAACAGUCACUGUGCAUUAUCUAGACCUGUCUUUAACACCAAGUGGAGAAGUUACGAAACAGAUUGGAGAUACCUUUUCUGUAUUGUGUGUUCCAUUUGCAAGUAAAAAUGUAUCAGUCAUGUUUAUGAAAGACAGCAAAAUAUUGACAGCACUUCCUUUUAAGAACUUACAGUAUCGUGAUUCAGGUGUUUAUGAAUGCUUGGCUAACCUGGAAGAAGAAGGUUUACAAAGUCGAAAAACAUUUAAGCUUACUGUAGAAGGAAAACCAAAACUUAAACUUACUAAAAAUACAUCCUCUGAUGGAAAGACUAAAACAAUCAGUUAUGAAGUUGAAGGCUUUCCAAAGCCAGAAGUGUCCUGCUCCGGUACUGGAAACUUAAACAAAACAGAAGAGACUGUGAUAAGUAAUAUUAGGUAUUCUGCCAAAAUCAUUAUCUCACCAGAAGAAAAUACUACUGUAAUCUGUGUUGCUGAAAACAGACUGGGAAAAGAAGUUCGAUCACUUAAUGUUUCAGCAAAUGACAGUAGCGAUCAUGCAAAACUCAUUGUGGGAAUAGUCGUUGGCCUUCUCCUGGCAGCACUUAUAGCUGGAGCAGCCUACUGUAUAUAUAGUAGGAAAUCCAGCUCAGCAACGAAACAUGUAGGAAAAGAACUUGGAAACACAGAAGAAAACAAGAAGCUUGAGGAAAAUAACCACAAGUCCGAUGCCUAAGAAUUGUAUAAAUACAAAUAACUCAAGGAAUGCUGUAAAGGCCUGUCUAAAGAAUCCAAGUGGAUUGUAAUUAUGGAAAUGAAAGGAGAAGCUGCAACUAGUCAUGGUUGAAGUAUUAACAUUUGUACCAAGUUGUCCCAGGAUUAUAAGGAAUAAUAUCUCAGUACCGGAUAAACAAAAACUGUUCAAACAGCCAUGAUGAUAGCUUACCAUGUUGUGUUUUGUUAUUUUUAUGUAAAUGUCUGCACUGAAAAUUUGUUUUGCCUUUUAUGUAAAUUUUUUUACGUAGCUAUUUUUAUACACUGUAAGGCUUUGUUCUGGAGUUGCUGUUCUCGGAUGUAAAGCAUAAUGUUAUAUAUUUUUUUUGUAUAUUUUACACACAGGUAAACAUGAAGUUCUGGUUGCUAUCAGUAAAUGACUAUAAUAAUCAUUUAGGAGAUUUUGCCAUUGCAUAAAUUAUGUUUUGCCAAUAUAAUUAUAAUUAAUUGCCAUUUUAUUUACAAAAUAAAUGGAAACCUUUGUCACUAUCAUUGCAACGGCAUCAUUGACAAACCUCACUAAAUUAAUCAAAAUGAUGUUACUGAUAGCAUAUCAGAUAGAACUGGUUUCUUAUUUCUCCAUAAUUUAUGAAUGACUGGAAUUCACUUUGUUCUUCACUUUCUUACAUCAUCAAAGAAAAAAAAACACUAAAAGAAUGUGCGCAACAAGGGGCGGAUCAAAGGGAUUAUUUAAAGAAAGAAUCCCAAAUAAUUUAUACAUUUUUGUACGCUACAAUACGUUAUGUAUUUAAUUGGAAAUUUCUUUCUACAUUACAUUAGCAUAGAAAUUGGGGAAAAUAAGCAAGAUUUCAUUCUGCUUUCUGUUUUUGGUCUAUUUGUCUAUUUCCUGGUUUUAGCAAACAAUUGCAACUAUUUGCACCUGUUUAACUCCUCCCCUAAUAAUUAAAUGGUACACGUGGGGUUGAGCGGUUUUUGCAAAAAUGGGUGGAAAUUGUACAAGUGCAGUAAAUAGUAUUUGCCAUCUUUUUUUUUUUUUUUUAACAAUCGCCUUCAUCGCUGGCUCUGGAGUUCCAACCAAGGUAUACAUAAAUUCCUGUUUGGCUUUUGUCUAAAGGUUGUGAUAUACUGUAGCGUGUGCAAGCACUUUUGGCCAGAAACGUUGAGUCACUUUCAUACUGUCAUUGAGAGGAAGGCCACGCAUCUACUUUUUUUUGUGGCUUUGACACAACUAGGAGUCUGAAAGUGGGAUGCUUUUAUGCCAUGCAUUUCAGUAUCUACUUCUCCAAGAGCUCAUAUUCACUUGUGCUUGCUCUUGCAUCCAUUGUGUGCUGAUGUACCAGUUUUGCAUGUGCUUAACUAAAGUGUUAGUGGCACAUACUAAAGAUUCAGAUGGAAAGUUGGCACUGGUUUAUCACAGCUGCCAUUACUUAGGGGCACAUUUUAUCAGCAAUUAUGUUGUGGUGUUUUAUUAUCUCCUAUAAUAUUGAGUUAUCUCCCUUUUGGUGACUGAUGAACUAAUCUCGAAUUUUCACGUCUGACUGUAUUUUAAUUCUUUAAUAAUGCUUUGAUGUAAGCAAUUAUAGUCUUAUUAUAGUAUGGCUGGCAGUUCAGCCACUUAAUGCAUAAGUGACAUCUGUAAUAUCCAAUUCAAAGCCAUUUUAAUAAUAUCUUGGUAGGUCUGAGCUAAAGACCAUAAAUGAAUUUGCAUUUGCUAUAUCAUAAGUGUUGGAUAUCUGAGUUUGGGAUCACUAUUCACAAAAAAAUGAAUUGGCAAAUCAUUCAUUAUUUAUUGUCUUAGAGUUAUUAAAAUUAUUAAAAUAAAUCUUUGACCUUGAGCUUUGAUAAAUGUGCCCUUUAUUGUUUGUAUACCCUUGCAUACUGACUUGUUUAGCAUAUACAAAAAUCUGAUGCACCAAAACACAAGUAAUAAUAAUAAGCAUUAAGAAAAUCAUCAAAAACGUUUGUGGAUCUUCUUUUCAUUCAGUGAUAAGUAAAAUUGGCCAUUCUGCUUGCAAUUCACUGUAACCUGCUGAUGAGACAUGUCCUUUAUUUUCUUGCUUUAUUUUGCCGAUUUGCAAACUGAAAGGGGUCAACUUUUAACUUUGUUUAGUUUUUACUUUUUGUUUCAACUUCUACAGGUUAUGAAUGCACCUUUAUACAUAUUUAUGUUAACUGGUACAUAAUUUAUGAAACAUUGUCCACACAAAGUAUUUUGUUAUUUUUCUUUUACAACUAUUAAGAACUAGUCACAAUCUGUUAUAUUGUUAAUGGAUGGCAACUGUAAUGUGGACAAAUGCAGUAAUCAUCAUAAGGUUUAUGAAGUCAUCUGUAAGUCUGUUUUCCGAGAAUGUAAUUAAAAAAAAAUAUUUACUACAAAA